CUUAACAUUUUAUAUUUUACUGCGCGUUAAGAGACGGUAUCGAGUGGCGAAUUUUGGAACAUAGGUUUUUCCGUAUAUGGCACCAAAUAUAUUUUAAGAAGGAGCCGAUAAAAAAAUGGACCACUACGGAGAAACAAAAAAGAAGAAAAAUCCCAGAGAAAAGGCGAAUAUAUUUUCUUUGCUAACAUUUUCAUACACUGCUGGACUGUUCAAAAAAUCUACUAAACGAGACCUUGUCGAGGAGGACAUUUACGAUGUUAUCGAGCCAUGCAGGUCCAAAAUAAACGGGGACAAAUUCGAAAAGAAAUGGCGCGAAGAACAAGAAAGAAAGAAUCCGUCGCUGGUGCAUCUACUUUGGGUUUGUUUUGGUUUAAGGUACCUUUUUUUGGGCGUCAUACAUCUGGUUGUAAAAUUAACACAUAGCAUACUGGAACCAGAAGCGAUAGGAAAGCUGGUCUCUUAUUUCAACCCGAACCAAACGCGGAUAACCUUUAACGAUGCCGUUUACUACGCAUCCAUCAUGAUCGGUCUAAAACUUUUCGACACGUUUUACUUUCAAAACUACGUGAUUUUUUUGCAACAGUUGGCCAUUCGAAUCAGAACGUGCUUCUGCUCAUUGGUCUAUCGAAAAGCCCUCAGGCUAACACCGGAAGUCAUGAACGAAAUCGGCCUGGGAAAUAUCAUAACCGUCAUCACCAAGGACGCGAUGGUGUUCGAAAAAACCGUCUGGUUGUUAAACGACGCGUGGAUCGACGUCACCAAGAUUAUUGUGGUUUGCUAUUUGAUUUAUAACAAAGUCGGACCGGCUGGGUUGGUGGGGGUAGCGGUACUAUUCGCUGUAGUACCCGCGCAAGUUUAUGUGGGAAAACUAAUAAAGGACCUGAGGCUGAACCUUAGUGCCAAAACGGACGUGCGCCUUCAAGCUACCCAAGAGACCUUGUCCGCUAUUAAAAUAAUAAAAAUAUACACCUGGGAAAAAAUAUUUUCCAAACGAAUUGAAGAAAAACGAGCGAAAGAAAUGAAAUAUCUGAUGAAGGCAUUCUACUACAGAUCUAUCAAUAUGAUCAUCGGAAUUUUCACGUCGAAAGUGGGCCUCUAUGCGCUGAUCAUCACUUACAUUUAUGUAACCGAAAACGCCCAGGCCGACGUCAUAUUUUACAUCAUGAAAAACUUCAGCGACAUUCAACGUUCGAUAAUUAUCCUGAUUCCGUUCGGGCUGGGAGGCGGAGCGGAACUGUUGGCGUCCUCGUCGCGUAUCAACAAAAUUCUCCAAUGCAAAGAGUUGGCCAGAGAAGACCACAGAGAUUACGACGAGCCGAAACUAAAAGUUAGCAACGUAACCGUGAAGAUCGGCAAAAAAGAAAUUUUGAAAAACGUUUCGACCGAAAUCAAACCUGGUCUGACCGUUGUGACCGGCCCUCUGGGAUGCGGCAAAAGCGCUCUAAUCAAACUAUUCUUAAAGGAUUACACGAUAGACAGCGGAAAAAUAUUCAGGGAUGGGAUAUUUUCCUAUUGCUCCCAGGACCCCUGGCUUUUCCCCUCCUCUAUCAAACAAAACAUCGUCUUUGGUGAGCCGUACGACGAGAAACGCUACAAUGCCAUAAUAAAAGUUUGCGCACUCGAAUACGACCUUGACUUGUUCGCCAGAGGUGACGAAACUAUCGUGGCGGACAGAGGUAUAAACCUUAGUGGCGGGCAACAGGCUCGAAUCAACUUAGCCAGGGCGAUAUACAAAAAAAGCGAUAUCUAUCUUUUGGACGAUCCGCUGCACGCGCUAGACCCCCACGUUCAAGACUACAUCUAUCAGAAUUGUAUCAAAGAGUUUUUGAAGGAUCACAUAUGCGUCUUGGUUACCCACAACGUCAAACACAAAAACAACUCGGACAAUCUUAUAUUGAUGAAAGAGGGCGAGAUUGUGUACGACGGAAAGUCCGACGAAGUCAAGACCGAACUGCUGAAGGAAAUAGAGGAGGAGGAGGAGAAAAUUGAGGCGGAGCACUCGCAGACGGACGACGAGGUGGCAGACGAAGCCACGAACUUGAUAAAGAGGAAGUUCACGAAACAGAAAAUCUACAGCGAAGUGAAAAAGGAAGGAAAAGUGGAUUUCGGAGUCUACACGAAGUACUUUUCGUUUGGCGGUGGUUUUAUUAUUUUCUCCGUCAUAACAAUUCUAUUCUUGGUGUCUACCGGAACCGAAACUUAUUCAUCUAGAGAACUGACAAACUGGAUCAACUUGCAACAGGAUAUAACUAAUUUGAAGAUGAACGGCACGUUCGCUGUAAAAACUAGCACAGAGUCAACCAAGACAUUCAGCACGGCGAAAAUUUCUACCGAAACUUCAGCGUAUACAAACGCACCAACGUUGAAAAGGUCGGAAAGAGAGGUUACUGAAAAUAACACGGUCCUACUUGACAACAAAACCGUGGAGUUAAGUUUGCCAACUUAUCAAUUUGCAAGCUUUGAAGGAACCACUAUUUCGUAUAUCCAAGAGCUAAACUCGACCACAAAAAACAAUACGCAUCAAGAUUCAGUGAUGGCUGCGUUGGAAGCUCAAGCCAAGUGGAGCUUGAGUAUUUAUUCGUCAACCAUAUUCGCAUCAAUCAUAGUGGACUUGAUUAAGCAAUACCUCAUUGCUAAUUUCGCGAGAAAAGCUUCAGUCAAUUUGCAUAAUACGAUGAUCGAAACGCUCACUACUGCGAAAAUGUCCUUUUUCGACAGUUAUUUCGUCGGCAAUAUUUUGAACAGGUUUUCUCAAGAUCUGAACGUUGUAGACGAACACUUGCCUCACACUGUCAGCGGAUUUAUAAUGGUAUUGCUCUCUUCAACAUCUGUUGUAAUAUUGGUUGCUAGUGUCAACGUACAAUUUUUGAUUCCAGCAGUAGUAUUGGUGAUUUGCAUGUACAUAUUUAGAUGUAUUUAUAUGCCGACCGCCAGAAGUUUGAAAAGAUUGGAAGCUGCAACUCGAAGUCCCUUAAUUGGUCACCUGAACGCAUCCAUAGAAGGUGUCACUACUAUACGGGCGUCUAAGGCUCAGAAAAUCCUCGAAGAGGAGUUUGACAAGCACCAAGAUCUUUACACCUCGGCCCACUAUAUGACCUUCUGCAUAAGAAGCGCCUUCGGGUUUUUCAUGAAUCUCUUAUCGACAUUGUUUGUUGCCGCUAUCGUAGGAAAGUUGCUUCUCUUUGGAUCAGGUGAAGCCUCUGGGGACGUAGGCUUGGCAAUCACAAAAGCGGCAACGCUGGCUUCUUUAGUUCAAUGGGUUUUAUCCUCAUGGACCGAGUUGGAGAACGAUAUGACCUCGGUGGAAAGAGUUCUCGAGUACACCGUAGUGCCUCAGGAUGACUACUACGGCCAGAAAUUGCCCAAUUGGCCGUCUGGUGGCGCAGUAGCCUACCGAAACGUUUCUUUGGCGUACAAAGAUGAAAAGGUGCUUAAAGACAUCAGUUUCGAGGUCAAGUCAAAGCACAAAAUCGGCAUCGUCGGUAGAACAGGCGCUGGAAAAUCAUCGAUAAUUUCCACGUUGUUCCGGUUAUACGACUUUGAGGGAAAUGUGUCUAUAGACGGUAUCGAUACCAAAACUAUUUCGCUCGAUCUGUUACGUGACAAGAUAUCCAUUAUUCCUCAGGACCCGUUGCUAUUUCAAGGAACCAUACGAGAAAACAUCGACCCGUUAAGAAGGUACUCCGAUGCGGAAGUUUGGCAGACUCUGGACCAAGUUCACAUGAAAGAGCACAUCGACACGCUGGAACUGGCCAUCACAGACCACGGAUCGAAUUUCUCGACAGGCCAGAGGCAGUUGAUUUGUUUGGCAAGGGCAAUAAUAAAGAAGAACAAGAUCGUCGUUUUAGACGAGGCUACUUCCAAUAUGGACCCCGAGACCGAAUUUCUGGUGCAAAAAGUCGUGAGAGAACAGUUUGCCGACUACACCGUAUUCAUUAUCGCGCACAGAUUGCGAUCGGUGUUGGACUGCAACCAAAUCAUAGUGAUGGAGAAAGGUAGAAUAGUCGAAAUGGACGAACCUCUACGUUUGCUGAACGACAAGCGCAGUUUCUUCGCCAAGAUGCUCCAGGCCGACAACGCACAUCUAUUCGAUAAAUGAUAGAAUUAAACGCUUG